AUGGCUUCCCGGGAUGCUGGCAGCGAUGACACCAGCCAGGUACCGUUCAUCCCCUUUCAUCAAUCUGGCUUGUUUCGUAACUGGGACGGUGAGUUAUGAGGGAAUUUAGAAAGAUUGAGCGUAUUUGUUCAUUAAUACUGUGUUUCCCCUCUCACUCAAUUCCCCUUCUUGAGGAUCUCCCGUAGGAAGUAGGAUUUUCUCUAAUUCUUUUGCUGUCCGAAGCCGUAUAUGAACUUUCGUCAACGUAUCACACAAACCAGCUGGGUAAGACUCCGUUGGUGAUUGGAAGAGAGAUUUCUCACUUCUUUUCAAUGACAAGCAUCUGGUAUGGGUACACGGGGGGAUAUUUUAUGAUUCUGGCUUAAUCUUGCCGUUUGAUUCUAGAGAACAUCUCACAUGUUCAGUCGCAUAGAUUAUAUUUCACGUUUGCAAGAGAAAUUGGUCAACUUUCUGAGGGAGAGAUGAAUUUUGUUUCUUGGCAGGUUCUAUCGUAUCUGUAAAGCCAGUACUUUGUGCCGUGUUUCCCUUCGCAGGGCCCAUUAUUAUGAUUUACAAGGGUUUUAGAAGAGUUCCUUUAACUCGUCUUCUGAUGACGAUUAAUUUCAGAGAUGUGUGUUGACAUCUUCUUCUAGGUUAAUCCUGGGGUAGAUCUUGGGAAUUCCAUAAUACACACAUAUUUCUCCAAUGUAUGGGUUCUUUGAAGAGUAGAUUGUGCACAUACUUACAUAUCAAUUCGUUUUUUUUUUUCUGAAAAAUAUAUUGUACCAUCUAGUGAUGAUUAUUUUCCUUGAGUGUCUUCACUUUUACCAGAGUCAUGAUUAUUUUCAAACUACUAAAGUGAAUAAAGUAAUGUCAAAAUUUAAACCAGAAUUUCCAAUUUCUUUCUUUUUCUAGGUUUUGACAGAAGCGAAAGGAUGUGUGAGGACUAUAAUUCUUAACAGGCCUCGUCAAUUGAAUGCUCUCUCAUAUCAAAUGGUACGUACAUGAAUACUUCUUAUCAAAUCCUAUAUUUCUUUCAGUAAAUAACUUCUGUUACGACACAUUGUUCUAUACAUGAAGAUGCAAUAGUUAUAUGUUUUAUACGUAAUUUUUUAAAAAAUGUCUCUCCAAGUUUCAUAUAUUUUUGGAUGCAGAUUCUUUCUUUAUUUAAAUUUAAUAUUUAAAUGAUCUCGAGAGCAGUGAUUGAGGGAGAAGAAAAACUUGCUGCAUAGAAUGGUUAUCUGAAUGACUUCUUCACUCAAUAUUAUGGUAAUUUUUGACUUGUGAAGAGAACAUUGGAUGAUCAGGGCCGAUCUUGGUCAGUUUGUGACUCGAUUAGCAAGAAUAUUCUGAUUCUCUGAUUUGCUGUUAAGAGUGACCACGGUCUUAUGUCAUGUAAUUAAUAAAAUUAAAAAUUUAAGAGGUAGAUUUGUUAAAAAAUGAUGAAUUAGUUUUAAAUACAAUUUUUGAUUUAUUGUUUGGAUUCACUCUCCUCCCUGCCAAACCUCUUUAUGAUUGCACAAAGUCAGCCAAUCCCCACAUUGAUCCUGUCAUGAUAAAUUAAAAAUUAAGCUAGAUAUACGAGUUGGUUCAAUUUAGACAGAGCUGGGAAGUCAUGUGAUGUUUGUUUUCUUCUUGAAAUUGGAUAGCAUCUCAUGAUCGUUACUUUAGAGAAAGAAGAAAGAAGAUUGAGAUACAGGCAAACCUUCAAUUUACAAAACAAGAAACCUCCGUGUACUCCCAAUGAAUGCAUGCAUUUCUGACGAUUCACAGUUCGCAAUAUAGAUGAGUUGUACCUCCUCCAAUUACGAAAAAAACCUUUCCCACUCUCUCUCAGUGAUAUACAGUAUCGAAUUCUAUCUGCUGAUCAGUGCAAACCAAAAUGUGCGUUCAGUUGUCUAAAUGAUCCAAAGCAUUGCGUGCACCAUGGAAUGCCACACUAUGUGAAUUCUCUUCGUGUUCCGCUGCUCCUCUCGCAUGUUCCCCAUGCCACAUUCAUAUCUGUAAGAAUGAAUCUUCUAAUACCAAAUUCUAAAGACCUUUCGCCAAGUCUGCUGUGUGAAGGAACGCCUAAAGGACAAGUGACUCAUGUCUUCGUCUUCAACUUCAUCCGAACAACAAGUAUUCAUGUUGCCUAAGAAGUGGGAUAUAUGAUAUUAAGGGGGGCAGACAGCCAUGUGAUACUCUCCAUGUGUACCACAUCACUUUUAACUGAGAUGAGACUCACCAAACUCGAUGAUUGGCUUGGGCUUUGAUGCCUCUAUCACUAAUAACAAGUUAUGUGAGUUUUACUGAAAAUUUUCUCCUUUUCCUCAUUAUCAGUGCCAUGAUGGUGAUCUAUGAGCGAUUGCCCAAUAGGUAGGGCCAGGAGAACUACUAAUGGCCUAAGGUGGCCCCAAAAAAUAGUUAUAGAUCUCUUCGAGUUACAUUUCUAUUUUUUGCUUCUUGUGAUGUAUGUGUUGACACCUGUUGUUUGGUUGUCAACACUUGUUGUUCAAUGGAUUCUUUUAGGCCAACUUCGUGGUCAGACGUGUGUUCUAUUUUCUGUUUGGGCUCCAAUGUAUGAAUGCUUGGUUGGUGGUAACUCUCAUAUUCUAGAUUGGAUUUCUGCACAUCUAGUCGUUUAUUUUUUUUAAAGUUUGGCGUAUAACUUUGUGGGUUCAAAUCUUAUCACAUUAACUUCAUUUUAUGUACAUUUUAUCUUUCAUAAAUCUACAUUUCUUGCAUUAGAACUUAUACACAAAAUCAAAUCAAAUUCUUGAAGAUGUCUUUUUAUUUGGUCAAAACAAGAGUCUUGAGCUCAAAACUUUCUGAUGCCAUAAUAUCUUAGUCGAUUUUACUGUCUUUUCUCUUGCCACUGCUGCUAGGAACUUUUCUUGGCAUAUUAGAAUCAGGGAUGUGGCAAUAUGUAGUCAUCAAAUCAGGGUCUUCACCUAGUAUUGCACAUAGGAUUUGAUGUCUAAGAUGGUGACGAAUGCAGGUAACAUGGUUAAUUCAGAAGACAAAGGUAGUUUUGCUGCAAAAUAUGGAUAACAGUAUUAGAAAGGAAUGGGAUGUGCCUCACAUAUGGAUGGGAAACUGAGACAAGAAGUAAUUUUUUAUUGUGUACUGAAACAUUACGUGCAGACUGUUGACUGGGUUACAGGAUGUAUAGGGAUUUUAUUCCAUACUGCCCAAUUUAUGGAGAGAAUGACGGAACUUUGGUGGAAGCGCAGACAUCAUAUUUACAAGAACUGUGGUGGAUGUGUCUAGGAAGUUGACAGAUUUUCAAUCGCACUAUUUCUGAGGUUAGUAACUUCGUGUGGUGUUCACUUGUUUUAAACUUGUGGAUUGUAGAUUUAAAUACUGAAUCAUACUUUUCAAGGCAUCCCCUUGCGAAAAAAGUGCUGUUGGACGGACAGGUCUUUAGGUGCAAAGGCAAGUGAGCACAAAAAAUGCUCGCCUUGAUCAUCUCAGUUGUGUAACUACCUGGUUCUUUCGUGAUUUCAUUCAGUAAACCAUGUAUGAAUAUAAUAUUCUUUAAUCAUUCAUUCCUCAAGCGUGUUCUUAGCAAUCAAGAGUUGUAUCUAAAAGAAUUGUAUUAUUGGAGAAAUAAAUAUUGGGGGAGAAGACAGAGGAGAAGAAGUUGGGUUGCGCAAUGUGGAGAUAAGUCUUUCUCCAAUCUAGGUCCGGUCUAAUAUACCACUGGGCUGGAGGCUGAGUACAUUGUUUGGCCCUAGAUAUUCGAAAUCAACCAACAAAAAAAAAAGAGUUACAAAGAAUGACUGCUCUGAACAGGUACAGUAGCAUCAUAUUGAAUGCCAGCGUGUUUGACCUGAUUCGUAAGAGAUCUGUGAAUAACAGCCAAAAGGAGAGAUUCCUCGCGGCCUGUCAUAGUUCUGAGGAAUACAAUUCCGUUUAUGUGCACAAAAAAAGAAACAUCAGGUGUUCUUCAAUUGAAAGCGUACAUUGAAUUUUGGAGUAUCAUAAUACGUUACAUUUUCGUGUCAGAGGAUGAUGAUGCGGGAAAUGAAUUCAUAACUUCCUUAGAGGCCCUCAAAUAAGCAUUAAAUGAAUUUUCAUAAACUCGGGAGGACCUGUGAUAAAUAUGGUAAACAUUCUGGUUCGGUAUUGUGCCGUUCAUGUAUGUCCUCAGGCAUCUGUGUUUAUCUUUGCUAUUCGUGGAUUGUUUUAUGUUUGCUUUCUGCAUUUUAUGCAUGUCGAAUUAAUAUAAUCCUUCCUUUUGUCAUUCAUUAGCUAUGUGAUAGUUUCACAUUCGUUACUGACACUUGAUUAUGACAGCUCUACAGUUAUUUUACCUUCCCUUUGUUAUUGGCUUCUCACCAAGAAAAGAUCCUUGUUCAGUUGAUAGACUCCCAAGAAUGUUCAAUUCUGAUGCUAAUCCUAGUUUUAACCGUUGCUUAUCAGAUCUCAAAAUUAUUGAAGCUUUUUCUUGCCUAUGAGGUUGACCCUGAAGUGAAGCUAUUGAUUAUGAAGGUAUUAGACCAGCACAUGCAUACACACAUUUAUAUUCUGUAAUGUUUUAAUGAAUUUUGGUCUGCUUUACUUAUGUCAACUUAUGAACUGUAGCUGUCUCAUUUUAGCCCGUGUUGGACGGGAAAUCAUCUCUAAUAUAUUUGACAUGUUAAAAAUUUGAUUCGGAGUUGUAUGUGAAUGGGAGACUCAUUCAAUCAGUCCCAGUAGGUAAGUUUUAGGCCUCUGCGGGCUUGAAAAUUGGGGUACACGAAAAAUCAUGUCAAAUCAGUUCUGAAUUGUUGAGUUCAAAAGGCUAAAUCAUUUUCAUAAGCCAAAAUAAAUCUCAGCACAUUUUUUGUCAAAAUUGUCAAAGUUUAAAUCAGAUAAAGUAAAGGUUGACACCUGUGGUGAAAUAGAGAGCAAAAUGCAUAUCAAUCAACCCUACUAGUCGUGUGGAUUGGAUUUAUAAAACAGAACCACAUGUACAGCUGUCAACAACUGAAGGCUAUGGUUUGAUACAUGAAUAGGGACUAGAAAAAAUAAUCCGUAGGAAUUGUCACUUCUAGUUAAAGAGGUUAGGAAAAUGAGUGAUGCUAGGAAAUUAGGCACAGGAGGUGAUGCUCGGAAAGCUAGAGUUGUGCUAGAGGCACAAGAGCACAACUGUCUUUUAGACUUCGGGAUCAACACUUGGAAAGUUGCAGUGCCUAAAGUAAGUGCUAAAAGGGGAUAAAAACUGGCCGUUCUAAUCUGUCCAAGGGGAAAUAGCCCUGUCAUGGUUUGAAGCCUCAUUAUAUCUGACAUGCCGAAGGCUUUCACAAAUUAAAAAUUCUAAGGCAGCGAAGCUCUCUUACAAUCUCACAACGAGGGUAAGAACUCUCCUCAAGGUUCAAGUGAACAUUCUAGGCUUGAUCCCUCAUUCUCAGCUCCAUAAGAUGUUUUGUAAAUGAGAGCUCUUACCUGGUGAAGAAGAAGAUAUCAAAGUCUGGUAGGUAAGUAGUUAUUUCCUAUAUUUAAUAGACUGACAAUCACUUAUGUAGUGAGUGUGAUCAGCAACGAUAUCUAUACCUAUAAUCCCCUCCAUACAUAGAUUGUAGAAUAGAUUUUCAGAUAUAUCAAGCCAUUUCUAGGGGAUAGGUCUGUGACACUAAGUUCAACUGUUUCAGUCCAUAUACAAGUAUACUAAGGAAUGUAUUAGGAUGACAAAAGAUACAUUGGUGAAUAUUGCCCAUAUUUAUGUAAUACUGUUGUAGUAUGGAUAAACAAAAACUAAAUAAUAUGUGCUCAAUCUGAUGUUUAAGCUAUGUAGUGUUAUGACUCAUGGCAUGUUUGAACUAUCAUGGUUAAGAAAGCCUUAAAAACAUGGGUCUAAAGUUUCAAGUCCCAUUGAAGUCAUGGUUAAGAAUAAAAUAGCUGUUAGUUUCGUCAAGAAUCGUUUCAAUACGACACAAUGAAACACAUUGAGUCCAAUCGCCGUUAUAUAAGGAGAAACUUGACUUUGGGGAGUAAUGCAUCCCGCGUCAUGUUCAACAGUUCAAGUGGUAGAAACGUUAACUAAAAACAGAUUUAAAAUAGUUUGAAUUCUGUGAAUGAAAAAUUGAGCGUGGAAGACAUCUAUGCAUAGGCAUAACACAGAGUGUUGUGACAUAUUUGUUCAUGCAUGACGAAUACAUUAUAUCUGUUGAUACAUAUUUGUUCAUGCAUGAAGACUUGACUUUGCAGAAAUCACGGGGAAGACAAAAAAUUUAGUCCUCAAGGAAUGAGUAAGGGAACUGCAGUUGAUCAAAAUAAUGACUUUGGCUGGAAACAGUCUCCUUUUACGCUUUGUCCUUAUUGAAAAUAUUUCUAAAUUUGCUUAAAAUAAAAUCUGGCAAUGAAAGCUGUUAAAAAGGAUUUCUAGAGAAUAAGGAAAACAUAAACGUAAUCAACUAAAAAGAAAGAUCUGCUGGAGAGAACUUUUUGCUAUAUUUAUUUCGUGCACGUUUUACUCUUUAGGCCCUUUGGAAUGCUUUUUUUGGCCUUUCUCGUUUCCUAAAAAUGUGUUCUACAUUAAGAAGUCUUUUGUGAUCACUAUUAUUUGGAGUAUAAAUAAAAUAUAAGAGGGCUGCCCUGUGUUAGGAGUUACUUUCCUCUGCUGCUCCCUAGGAUCUUACUUAAAGGGCUGUGAGCCAUCACCUCUCUUAAUCUAUCUUAUUCUCCAGGAGUUCCUUAAAGAUAUAAUCUUUCUUUCUUUCUAACUGAUUCUUAAAACAUUGAGUUAAAAGGUAUUUUUCUUUUUUCUCAUAAAAUUUUUCUUUUAUGGUACAGGGAGAAGGGAGAGCAUUUUGUGCAGGUGGAGAUGUUUCAGCUGUUGUUAAAUCUGUUGUCAAAGGUAUCAAUCCUUCUCACUUUUUAUCAAGUUAAACAUAAGACAAUUAGUGAUAUUAUUGAUCUAUUAGAUGAAAAUUUUCUCAAUGAUCAGGAAAGCAUUAACAUAUCUACUUGAACCUAGCGCUUUUAAAUUAGAUUUCAGUGUGCACCGUUGAUUUUCCAUUUUUAGCUAGCAUUCCAAAAUGCUAUUUCACUAAUGUUUUGAUUGAAAAAAUCCAAGGAACAUGAUUCUUUGGUAUAUUUGUGAACUCGAACCAGUCAUUUAUUCUCCAGAUUUCUCCGGAUUGUGGAAUAGUAUAUUCAAGGAAGUGACAUGAUUUAUGAAGUAUUGCCCAAAUCAUGAACUGAGAAGCAGGUAGGCCUUUGGUUCAGUAAAGAUCAAUUUUUCAACAAAAUAACUCGGGUUUCUUCUUUACCUUCCAUUCAAUGGUGUCCAUCUGCAUGGCUUGGAAAAUUCAUAACAAUUUUCAGAUAAGCGAUGGGUCAUUGUAAAUGUCUUUUUGGUGUCUGUUUGGGAUGUUCAAUAUUGUAAUAUCUUCAAUAUGACAUCUUUCCAUGUGAUAUUGUUCAUCAGAUCACUGGAGUCAUGGUGCAAAUUUUUUUCGGAAUGAAUUCGUCUUAAAUUAUAUAAUUUCAACAUACAGUAAACCCCAGGUAUUUUAUUUUUGUAGCAAUUUAUUAUUAUUGAUAUGAAGUAUACAUGAGUUUCAUUGAGGUUAUCAUGUUCACAUUCUUGAGCAUACUAAGAUACUGGAAAAUUCUAAUAUUUUAUUAAACGUCUGAAGGUUUCCAUUCUCAAUGGAAUUGUUAUGGGCGGUGGGGCUGGUGUCUCCAUACAUGGGAGAUUUCGAGUUGCUACUGAAACUUCGGUACUAAGCAAAGUUUAUAGCUUGUUCUAUCUUUGUCUUGACUUACCAUCAAAACUUAUUUACUGUACUUUGCAUGAGCCUAUCCAUAAUUGUGACAUAUUUCUGUUUGAUUUCUAGUAGUUAUUAGGGCUUUCUUUUUAGGAGAAGUAUUUCUGUUGUAAACAGUUUACCUUCAUAUUUUCAAAACUAUUUCUGUAAGGUCAAAUAUAUUGGUUUCUUCAAGCUCCCUCCAUUCUACCUUCAGUUAUCGUCUGAUCAUUCCUUUGUAUCAGCCUAUCCAUAAUUGUGACAUAUUUCUGUUUGAUUUCUAGUAGUUAUUAGGGCUUUCUUUGUAGGAGAAGUAUUUCUGUUGUAAACAGUUUACCUUCAUAUUUUCAAAACUAUUUCUGUAAGGUCAAAUAUAUUGGUUUCUUCAAGCUCCCUCCAUUCUACCUUCACCAUCUUCCUCAGAUCCUUGAAUUGUGUCAAAGAUGGGAAACUUAGCGAUCCCUUCAAUCUUCCUCGUCUUCAUCUCUGUGGCAAAAUAUUUCUGAGAAGGCUCCCAAAUCAUUACAUUGAAGUUGACGACCAUUGACGUUACCCUUUUGGGGCUUCUUUGGGGGUGGGCGGUGGGGGAAGGGGGGGGGAUCCACGAUUGUUCUCCUCUAUGAGAAAGGAGACAAUCAACCACCGUGAUUUCUGUCCUACUAUUAUUAUGGAUUCUAGGAUCAUGUAGAGUGGCCAAGUGACUGAAUUAAUGGACAGGAUGCAAAUCCGAUUACAUAUAGAAAGUGUUACUAUUGUGACUGUAUUUAUGAACUUUAUAAAAAUGAAGAUUUUUGGAUGUAAAAUAAGGAUACAGAAAAGAAGCCUUGAAUAUCGCCUGUGUGCAGGCUGUUAUCUUCACGUGUAUUUGUUCUGCAAGUUAAGUGCUUGCUAUCAUGUAGACAAGGUGGAUGAUGGGUAUCCUUUGAGGUUUUGCUAGGGUAUUAUAAAGCCAUGUAAAGGUUUUUUUUGUGUGUUUCUGCUUACACUAGUAUUUGACGUGCCACACUCUUUUCACAUGAAAGUUGUUUUCUUGUGGAUGUUGUAGGCAAGGUGGAUGAUGGGUGUCCUUUCAGGUUUUGCUAGGGUAUUAUAAAGCCAUAUAAAGGUUUUUUUUGUGUUUCUGCUUACACUAGUAUUUGAUGUGCCACACUCUUUUCACAUGAAAGUUGUUUUCUUGUGGAUGUUGCACACUUAGUGCCAUGUUAGAUAGCCAACCGUGUCAUCCAAUGUUACUUUGCCACAUGAGUACAGGCUUGUCUGAGCCGCAGCCUCCUUAGUACAUAAUGAAAUAAAUCACUCUCCUCUGCCUACCACUCGAUCAUUUUGAUGUCCUGGUUAAAUCAUUUCUGCAGCUGCACUUCUUGGUAGUUCGAUUGUGAAACCAUCUAUUCCAAGAUUCUCUGUUUUAAUUAGAGUUGUAGGCCUGUAGUGCCUACAUGAGGUUGGUCUUUACCUUGGCUUGUAUGGCAUUUACACUAUCCAGUGUACAUAAGAUAGAAUAGUGGUCUUCCAUUGCACAAGGAUAUCCAUGUGAAUGAUUAUCAACUUACAUCUCAUGAUAAACGUCAUGAACUCGCAUGUCCCUCUUGAUUGUUUGAUCAUUGGUUGAAUAGCUUAGUUCUACCUUGUUUAAGUCUUUCUUGUGGAAUUCACAACCUUGAUUUGGGUCAUGUCCUCCAAGGGCUAUCCCACAAGAGAAACCUUAGAUGUGACCUGAACAGUGGUCAAUUAGAAAGAGGAACAUCAGUAAAAUAAACCCUAAAUUAUUGCCAAUGGAGUGACUGGCUUGCGCACUUAUGCUCUUGGGUACUCUAAGGAAGAAGAAAAAUUAUUGCCCUAUGGAAACCCCCCCCCCUCCCCCCCUCCCCCCCCCAAUACCCAUGAAUGGUUUCUUUCCUUUUUUUUUUUUUAUCUUCAACAAUAGUCAAGAAAGAGGAUGAAGAUAGCAUUGUUAGCCCUAAGAAAGAAUUAUGCAACUAGAAUAGAAGAAAUAAAUUCAUAGGGUGAAAAGCCUCAAACGAGAAACAUAAUAGGACGAUCAACUCCACACCUACUCCAUUCCGCACACCACACCCACAUUAGGAUUUUGACGAUUAUGCAACCUACAGGCUUGCUUUCUAAAUGUGCAAUCAAAAUCUCACCAUAAGCCGAGUUUUGUUUGGUAGCAGUCUUUUAGAAUACAAGGAAUUAGGGAAAAGCAAAAUUUACAGCUUAAAAAACUGUUUCGCAACAGUAAAAAAUACGUUUUAGUAACUUGGAAGUUUUAUUGAUCUUGAAUAAAGUUUCUUUGUACCAACAAUGCUUGUCCUUCUGUAGCACUUUUGAAAGAGAAACUUGAAUCCAGUAAAAUUUUAAGUGGUUUUGUCUCUUGCAUUUUUCCUGGCUGCUUUUCACCACAAGGUCUAAUAUAUAAGUUUUGCAUGUGGUUUAGGUAGUGGCUUGAGGGAACCUCAUACUUGAUGAAAAUAACCAUCUAUUUCUUUCUAUUUCAGUUCUAGUUAUGGCUUCACGCAUAGAGGGUGUUAACAGCUGUCGAAGAGUGGUCCACACUUUCUUUUCACCAGAAACUUUGGGUCAACGUCAUGACCAACUAUGUUCAUUUCGAACUUGAUGUGUUGCUAAUUUCAUCAAGUUAAUGACAUCAAGGCCAACAUUUAGAUCAAAAGCUAAUUUUCUGCAUAUAAUAACUUGGUGUUUAUAUAACUCUUCCUAUAACUCCUCAGAGUUGAACCUUGUUAUAUUGAAUUCAUUUUUUAGCUUAUUUUUAAAAUCUAAUCCCUUCAUCUCUUAGCCUAAAACUCAAAAACAAGGUCAGGAUAAGCUAACUAAACACGUGGUUUCAAAAAAGGACGAGCAUCCAUGACCUUAUUUUUAUGACACCAUUAAGAAUAUUAGUUAUCUUUAGGGACCCCUUUCAACAGUUAAUUCCCUUUGAACAGGCAUUGAGCGCCAAUGAGAAGGUCUUUCUGGUAUAGUUUAAGAAGAGAUUUUUGUCUUUGUUUCCAAUCAAUUUGAAUCCUUCUAUUGCACAGAAUGUAUGCUAAUACAACAUUUAAAAAAUCUUUAUUAGCGCUUUUCAAGUGAUAUUCUAUAUAAACCUGAAUUACUUUUGUAGAUGGCAUGCAUUUCUGACAUUCUAUAUUUGUAGGUAUUUGCUAUGCCUGAAACAGCACUGGGACUAUUCCCAGAUAUUGGUGCUUCCUAUUUUUUAUCCAGGCUGCCUGGUAACUUUGGUAUGCUACAUCCGAAAACUUCAAUAUUUCCUCUUCAUUAGAGUCACUGCAUUCUCCUGAGAUAUUGAUACGUUGUGGCUAAAGUUUUUUUUACUUUCAAAUGUAUAUUCGGAGAUGUUCUUUGCUUUUUCAGUCAUCAGCAAGAAAUUGUUUUUCAUCACGCUCAUUCUUCCAAUUUUAAUCAUUGUUAUUUGUCUUGAAUGUAUGUUUCUUAUCGCACUUGUACAAAAUGUCCACUGGUGAUUUCAUGGCAGGUGCUUUAAUAUACUAUUUAUCUUUAGGUAAGAACGAAAACAAUUGCCAUGGGUGGAUUUAAUUUGUAGUUAGAAACAUAGCCAUGCCUUUCAUUGCCGAUUUUAUUGGUUCAUUAUUCCUUUCUGUCAAAUGUCCAUCCUCUACAUGAUUAAUAACUUUCAAGGAGUGGAGUUAUAACUUUCUCCUUUUUACUUCACCUAAGGGUAAAAUACUGUAUUAGCAUACAGUAUUGGUUGGCAAAUACGUCUUCCUUUUGUUCUAGAAUUCUCCUUGUUGUCAGCUCAUGUGUUAGACUUGAUUUCCCUUUGAGACGUUGUUGAGGGUGAGCCUUCCCUUUGGCAGUAACUUUUUCAAUUUUCCUAUUUAGGAACGUGUAUAGGUGAUGUGAUAUAAGAUAUUUUUGCUGGUACCAAGGCAUUGCCUUUCAUUUUGAUAGUUGAUCCUUUUCCAUAAUACAUGGCAAUUACUUAUCUGCUAUUUUUCUAGUUGGUUUGUUGUAAAUUAUCAUUCAUUUUUGUAACUCUUACAGGAGAAUAUGUGGGUCUCACUGGUGUAAGGCUAGAUGGCGCUGAAAUGCUUGCGUGUGGCCUAGCAACACACUUUGUGCCUUCCACGGUAGCUAGAAAUUUCCCCUUAGAAGUAGUGAUACUUUUCAAUUUAUAGAACUGCUUUUUUUCGUUUUUAGUCAUAGCAUUUAGCUCGUAUAAUUUUUUUACCUUUAGUUUCGAGAAUCGCCCACUCUAUCAUUUUUCAUGUUUUUCCAUUACCUUUGAGAAAUUUUCCUUCACAUCCCUUCAUUAAUGAUUGAAGAGCAUGUGCUUGAGUUAAGGAAUAAUUUAAUUGUGCAAUUACAGAGGCUAUCUCUGCUGGAAGAGUCAUUUAUCCAGAAGGCUCCAUCAGAUCCAGAGGCUAUUUCUGCAGUUAUUAACAAGUUCUCUGAACUUCCAUCUUUGAAACAAACAAGUGCUUAUAAUAGGUGAGAAUAAUGACGUCUUUGAUAUAUUUUCCUUUCUCCUUGUUAAACUAGAUCCUCAAAUUUUAUAUUCUAUUCAACUUUUAGAUUUAAUACUAGAUUUACAUAACAGCAAUAAUGGAUAUCACACCAUUGCAUCAUUGCUAGGAAGAUACAAGCUUUUUGGCCCUGAGUUUUUGCUCUGAGAGGGCAUACACGAACAUCCAAUUUACGUGCCUAGUAGCUCUGAGCAUCAUGUUUGGGCCACAAGAAGGAAACUAUGUUCCAUCAUAAGAAGCCUCAGAUGGUGGAAAAAAAUAUCCUUACUGUCAAAAUAUGCAUAAUCUGAUUUCUUUGAUUAUGUCAAGUGGAAUAUGUGCAAUAAGGCCAUUCUUGAUUAAAUCACAUCGCAAUAGUUCAAAGUUUUGAACAGUAGUACGAUUACAAGGUCAUAUGACCUCUUUUUCUAUUUGUUCUUUUAAGAUAGUGCCUGGAGGAAUUUGUCUAUAGUUGAGAGACUUAUCCUCUUGUUCUAAAGUCAUGGAUCUUGUUCCCUUAGACAACUCUAAUGUUGCCGUGGAUUUAAAAUUAUGCUCAAAUAAUACAACUCUUGAUUUUGAUGAGCCAAAUUUACAUAUGCUGAUAUAUGGCAUAAAAACUGUUUUGUUUGAUGUAGGACCGAAUUUUGACAAAUACGAUUACUAAAAAAAAUGAAACCUAGCAACGGUCGAUAGUGAAAAUCGAAAUUGUUGCAGUUUUUUCUCCAUAAGAUCCUAUUGUUUCGGAUUAUCUUGUAAAUAGUUUCGGAUUUUUUUUUUGUAGAUUCUUUGUUUUAGGUAUAUUUGGCGGUGGUUUCUAUUUUGUAGUAUAUCUAGAAAUAGCUUUUCUUAUUUUAAGAAGAGGGAACACGAGAAUGGGAUUUUUUUGUCCUGUUAAUUUUCUGUCCCUGUGGAUUCAAUUUUUUUUCUCUUUUCUCUUGGAUUCCAAUGUCAUAAAUGACAAAGUAUUUUAGUACAAGAUUCGAUUGUCAAUACUUGCUCAAGGGUUGACAAUUGAUGAGGAAAUAGUGCAUAGAGUGCGCAAGUGUUGGCUCCGAACAUGACAAGGCUAAAAAAAACAGCUGUUUUCUCACAAUUCGAAGCAUGAUUUUUUUAAUAGUUUCUGAUGAUUAUAUACUUUAAAUAGAGGGAUUCACAUGCUUCUAAAAUUCUAAAAUUCCAUCCCUAGAAUUCAGACAAGGAGAAAAUAAAUCAUAAAAAUAAAGCUAUGGUCAAUGAAGAUUGUUGUCAAGACUGAGAUAAUAAUCAAGUUCCUGCCACAAAUUCUUUAACUCUCCUGCAGAUUCUAUCAUAGAUUUACUCCCUUGUAUCGUAGACAUCGAUUUUGUCUCAAGUUUAUGUAUAUGAGCCUCAUUAUUUUUCUGUGAGAAUUUAAUGUGAACCGUUUCUCAUAAAUCUUUGACUGUGGCUAGGAAGAAAAAAUCAUGGCUAAUUUGGGGAAUCAUUGUUCCCAGAGCCAAGUUUUGAUUAGAGCAUCCUCUUCUCUCCAUCUUUGAAAUUCAUGUGACAAUGAAUCUUGUUUCCCCUCUUAUUAAAUGAUGUACCAUUCCUCUUCCAGUCAAAACUUCACGAAUAUAUUCUGACCAUUGUAUCAGAUUAUAUCCGGUUAAUUUGAACUCUGCAGGCAUUGCAGGAAGUUCUACGAGUAAUCUUGUGCCACCAGAGACAAGAUUAACUUCUCUCAUGGAGGCUGAAUCUCCCCCAGAAGAUGAAGCAAUGUCUCCUAUAUUUUUCAUUUCAAGGAAAAAAACAGUCAAAUUCACGAAAAAUAGAUUUCGUGAACAGAUCUCAAUCAGAGACAAUAAAAGGACGAUACAGAGACCAUAGCAGAAGAAUCAAUAAGUGUGGAAGUGAAUUCGAGAGAUUGCAUCUGGAUUCGCUCUAGGGAGAUACUGCAGAAACGAAGAGUCCAGUGCUGGAAUAGCUCGAUGCCAAUAGCUCCAGCAGAAAUGAAGUGUCCAUUGCCGGAAGAGCACAGUGUAAAGAGGAAGGGAUUUUAAACCCUAACCUUGCUUUGAUACCAUGUAGAUGGUAUGAUCCUCAAUAUGGUGUGCACCCUCAGGAGGAAAGAAACUUUAUUUGAUAUGAAAAAAUCAACUGUACAAAGAGGGACAGAGUUUAGUAUUUAUACCAGAUCUCUUGAAAGUUCUAGAGCCAUUAACAUAGAUGCAAACACAUAAGGGCAUAUCUGCCAGCAUGUAAAGUAUACAGGGUUUAGUUAUCACAUAAGGGCAUAUCUGCCAGCAUGUAAAGUAUACAGGGUUUAGUUAUUAAGUCCUCUCGACAACAAAGAUGGAAUUAAGCUUGGAGAUAGAAAAAUGCCUUUUGCCAUGCAUCCUCGAUUGAUGUGGGCUCGUGCUUCAAUUGCCAAGUUUAGUAUGAAUGAAAGGCUACAUCACUUCAUGCUCUCAAAGUGUUCCAAGUGUUUUUUCCACUUUCAAGCUAUACCUCCAAAGUGUUAUGGUUCCAUAGUGGUUUUAGAGGUCAUAUGAUUGUUUAAUUUUCAGGAUUCUUUUAGUUUAGACAACCCUGUUGUUUAAUAAAGCUAGUUCAUAGAAGAAAAUAGGAAUGAUAAAUCUGAAAACUAAUGUAUAGUACGUUUAAGAGAAACAUCGUAAAUACAUCCAAUAUGAGGCUUGGAGAGUGGAGCUAACAAGGUUGAACUAAAUUAUUGAAAAUAUUGUACGCCAUUGUAGUUUGUGUUUCUAUUGGAAUUGUACUCUAGCAUCGGGAUGAUUAUCAAAAAAGUUUAGCCUCUUUUAGUUAUCUGCAAAACCAAGCCCUUCUUCAAGCCUAACUCUAUGCAUGCGUGUGCUUGUGACAUCUUGGCUACCAUUUUCUUGAGAAGGUUAAAAUGCAGUUGAACCUGGGAAAAAGUGUGUCAAAGCAAUGCUUAGUCCGCCAUAGUUAACACAUUGAGUAGGCGUGUAUAGUGCACUGUACGCAUUACAGGCUGUUUAUUUGGGUAGGGGAAAAUAAUAAACUUCAAUAAUGAUGCUUAUUUUGGGAAAGAUAGUCAGAACAGAGUUGCAUUUUUUUCUAAAUAAUCAUGGAAACUAGCUGUUUAUCUGUGUCAAACAGUAUGACGGUCAUGCGUUAAUUUAAAUGUGCAUAAGAGAGUAUUACCUCUCCAUUUACAUAUAUAUAAAUCAAAUAGAGAUUCUAUGUCUCUGCAGUUGUCUGUGUAAUCUGCAUGUCGUUGAAUUGUCUAUAGUUCACAUGUAGUCAUUGUGAUCGUUCAUAGUGUUUGCCCUUCCUGUUACAGGCUUGAUAUAAUUGACCGCUGCUUCUGUAAAGGAACAGUUGAAGAAAUUAUAUGUGAACUUGUAAGUUGAAUGUCUUAUAAAUCUCUAAGCUCUAUUUGUCACGCAGUCUUUGUAUUAUAUAUGUAAAUUCAAAUGCAAAAGGUCCAUAAUGGUACGUUCAGAAUAUCCAUAGUGUAUGAAAUCAUGUUGGUAAGGUUUAUUGGCGAAUCUUGUGUGGACAAACAUUGGUUCCGGGGGUUCUUCUUUAUUUUGGGUAUAAUCCUCAUUGUAUAUGGUUUUGAUGAACCUUUCGAAUUUCUGAAUGAAUCGUAAUGUCUCUUGAAGGGUGUUAGCAGGUUUUCUUUUUUUUAAGUGUGUAAAAUGAGAGUUUUUCUCUCAUUAUAAUUUAUAAUAUGCUUCAAUCUCUUUUUAAAACUAUCUUAUUACUAUAAGUGAGAGAGUUUCCUCACAAAAUGUUUACCAUUUCUUUCUAGCUACAAAGGAUAAUGUCUGGACAUCGUUCUCAAGUACAGGGGCCACAUAAGUGCUUGUUCCCUACUAUCAGCAGUAUAUAGGAAAUGUCCGCCCAAUUAAGAGGCAUUUGUCCAUGUUUCGCAUCUCUUUUUCUCCCUUCACAUUUAUAAGAACGAGGGUUUCAUCUCUCUAGUCGGGGGAUGAGGGUUUAUAUUGUACUCCCUAUCUCGUAGUUAAUGAAGAAUUGCCUGCAAUCUCUUUUCGUGUUUACAAUGACAGUGUUUUCCUCAUUGCCUUUAAACAAGUUGGCAUUUUCAUGGGAUUGGGUCACUGCACACUCUCUUUACCGGAUGCUGAUAUGAUCUGUGACUGACGGGAUCAUCAUGCGGACAAUUGUCCUAUAUAUUUCAUUUGUAAUAUGCCAAUGACCGGAUUCCGGUAGCAUAUUCAAGUUCUUCUUGAGUAAUUUUUGAGAUUUAUGCAUCUUGAAGCUAGUUGUCUCUGUACUUUCGUACCUCAUUGCAAGUUAAUCGACUAUAUCUUGUCUCUUCCAUUGCAAGUAAGGUGUCACUCAGGAUUCCCAUGGCUUCAUUAUUGUUUUUACUUUUACCGAAGCUCAGAUGAUCUAAUGAUGUAUUUUACUCACAAGUUGCUUGUUUAACAUGAUUUUUUGAAUUUGUAUCAUUUUGACAUAUAACCUGUAACUUGACUACACAAAUCAAAAGAGAAGGUUUUGGGGUACAUUAUGUGAAGUGUUUUCUCAUGGAUACAGUUAAGAAUUGAUUGAAGUCGUUGCUGGGAUUAGGAAGGGUGUCUUGAAAUCGAAGUGCUUUCAGACUAGGAGUAAGACAGAAUACUUGAAGCGCAUGUUUUAUGUGAAAAUAAGGCAAUGUGUUAAUUACUUGGUAAAUCACGGGUUUAGAAAAAAAUAUCAAUUCUGUUGUCCCCAAGACAUUAUGAAGUUGUGACCCUUUAUUCUAAUAAGAUUAUUUUAAAAUAGCUCAGUUUUUCGUAGAUAUUUUCUUCCAUUCACUUUUAUAUUUGUGGUCAGUGUCGAUUGUGUGAUGGUCGACAAUGCUAGAGUUUUUGACGGUUCGUUUUUUUUAUUUACACCUUUCUUGUAUGAUCACAGAUCCUUCUGCAUGCCACUAUUCUAACAAUGAACAUGUUCUGAAUUGCUGUUAAUCUAUUUUCUUUCGUUCUUUUUUUAUCCAAAUGAGCCAUGGCUGAGUGUCGUAAAUCCCAGAUAUGGGUUCGAGUUAUCUCAAAGUAAUCUCCCGCUUUUCAGCUCAUGCACUUGGUCUGUGUCUCAAUUCCCUCCUAGAAAGUCCUCACUACGCACAGUAUAAUGUAUGGGAUUGAUCUAUUUCCAGUCAGUUCAGUGGAGUUUCACUUUUUUUUCGUAUGGCUUCACGCAUGAGAAUAGUAACUAUUAUGUUGCAUCAUCUUGAAGUUAUGCUCGAGAUGCUCCAUUCUUUUGGAUUUCUCAAUGCCUCCUCUGAUGUUUUUUCCCUUCCCCACCCAUUUGGCUCCUUGAUUUCUUUCCUUAUAUUUUCGUUAUACCGCCGGAAUCUUAUUGAGAUCUUUGCUGACAGUUCUAUUAAGCGUUUAAGGGAUGCCUCUUAUUUUCCUGAUAUGGUCUUAUCUCUCCGCCUUAUGUUUCUUCACUUAGUCAGUUCCAAUAAUAAAAAAGUUUAUCAAGUGUUCAAUAAGCUAAUAUCUUGACAACUAUAUGGAUGCUACAUUGUUAAUUUUUCACAGUACUCUUGAACUCAAAAACUCACCUCAACAUACAUGCAACAUUUGUUCUUUUGUGUUUAGAAGUUAUUGUUACCCUCACAAGUUCAACAUUAAGUUUUCCUUCCGUCAGCCUUAAACUAUCAAAUUUGAGGUUGGCUUUUUUGGAAUCAUCAAUUUUCUUUCAAUAUUGCCUGUGGUAUUUUGUUAUCUUUGUCCUCACUCCUAUCCUCUUCCUUUUCUGCUCUAGAUAUGCCAGAUUGUUCUUACUUCCUUAUCCACAUCUUGGUUACCGCAGGAGCUAGAAGCUAGGAGUUGCUCUGACGAGUGGAUUAAAGGAGCAAUUCAAUCAUUAAAGAAGGCAUCACCUUCGAGUCUUAAAAUUUCUCUCAGAUCGGUAAGCAUCCGAUUUCUUGGUGGGGAAAACAUAGUCUUUGUUUAUGAAUUCUUCACAUGUAAUCAUCCAAGAUACCCUGGAGAUUAUGCACUUCAGUUUUCAUGGACAACUUAAGGACACUUCUGGUAAUAUGGUAUAAUUUAAGAGCCGCAUACUGCUGCAACUUUUUCACCUUGUUACCUAGCACUAGCUGCUUCACACAGUAUGGGAUUGAUGGAAUUUUACCGUUCUGACCAUUUCAAUCCAUAACUAGGUAGUUUCAUGAACCAUGCUGUUUUAGGACAUCCUCUUCUAUCCCAAGAUGACAAAAUUUCCUAGAAUAUUUAGAUUCCUUAGGGCUUUCAAUCCACUAUGGAGGUUUUGUUAUGAAAUUUAUGUGGUCCAGAGAUAAUGCUAUGGUUCUCCUAUGUCACUCUAAACAACAGUGAUCGAGAUUGAAAUUGCCAUUUUCUCACGAUGGAUCAUUUCCUGCCAUGACUAAGAACUUUCCUUCAACGGAAAUGUUGGAUUAGAUUUUUUGUGUGCCUACUACUAUCUAUGAACCUUGAAAUCAUUUGCUUGGGGAGGAUAAAACCUAUUUAUUUCUAUGUCAUCCAAAAUAUUCUUGCUGGUCUGAGAAGCAUCACAUGUUUCUGUUGACACAGAAACCUAGGGAUAUCACAUGGUGUUUCUAAAAGCAUGUCCAACAAAGUUACUUGCCAUGAGUAUACAUCUAAUCCAUCUCUAGGACAGAUGCAUUAUUUUCUCUCAACAAUGGGAAGAAAUGGUAGUAAAUCAUAAAUAUGGAAAAUUGGAUAAUUAGUUUCAAUUUGCCCAUAAUGGAAGGAAAGAAAAUAGUCCUUGAAAUGGUGUGUGGAACGUUGCUGAUUAUUUCUUUUAGUUUGUUUCGAGAGGUCUGCUAUGCCUUUUCUUCAGAACCCAGAUGAUUAGAAAAUUGAUGAUUAUAUAAAAUUUUACUUUCAGCGUGUCAUUGCCAUAAUAGUAGAUAUUCCGUGUUCAUAAACAUGAAAUGAGAUGUUUACAAAGUGGAAACAAUUUUGAUGCGAGGAAACAAACGUCAUAGACUAAACUAUGAAAUGGUUGAUGACGAUUGCUUUCAGUGAUUCGGCACAAGACCUCAAUUUCCUUUUACUGGGACACAGAAAAUGACUGUCCUAUUGAGAUAAACAAUCAAUAUGGUAGAAACUACAAUAUAAGUAUAUAAUUCUGGUAACCAGAGCACAGAGAAAUAAAAAAAGGCGUGUAGUUCAUAAAAUGAUUAGUACUUGGUUAAAAUCCGCCCUUUUUACGUAUCAAAUUAGAAAGAUGCACUGCCUAGAAGUUGUCGUCUUUCAGACCAAGGUCCUGCAAAAUGCCGAAGAUAUCCUCUACAUGGUGACUUGUUAGUGACGACGUGUGUGUAUGGGCUUUGCUCUCCCAUGCAUGUGCUCCCUUAUGGCUUGUGCAUUUCGUAUCAAUAAGAGAAGAAAGGAACAUAUCCGUCUACACAUUAUCAUGCUACAGGGUAUUUUCAAAAACAAGGAUGGUUGCAAAGGGGCUCGAUAUUUGUUAAAUAUUAUUGUAAUGGAAUGGAUAUUUUAGCCUAGUAAAGUUUUAAAUGCAAAUUUUUGGAUGGGAUGGUGAGUGGAAGAAACACAUUACAAUGCAUAGUUCAAUGAUCCAUACCUUGACUACCUGAUAAAAUUUCUUCCUCCUCCGAGAUAAGAUAUCCCAAAAUUAUUGUCUCGAUCCGUAAUUAGGGGUUGACAAGCUGAUCGUCAGAAGGCCAUCAAAGAUGGAUCGUAUGCCCAUGAUUCCGUAGCUCAAUAUAUGCCAAAAAUCUGUAUUUUUCCAAUAAAUUGCGCAAUAAAAACUCUUUCUCUCUUCCUUGCCCCAAUAUCUGCAUACCUCCAGAUGUCCAGUUUUCAGUUUGUCUCACGGUGAAUGAUGAAGUAUCAUCUGCGACCUCCAUAGUCUAAACUUAGCAGUAAUGGUGUGCCUGAAAACUCUGGUUCCAACUUAGUGGCUACUUAUCACUCGGUUCAAUGAUAUUACUGCAUUGAUUAAAACUUUUCUUCCUCUGGGUGGGUUCUCAUGGUUCAAUAAUUUGGGUUAUCACAGAUCCGAGAAGGAAGGUCUCAAGGAGUUGGCCAAUGUCUUAUCCGAGAAUACAGGAUGGUUUCUCAUAUUCUUCGAGGAGAAAUCAGCAAGGAUUUCUUCGAGGUGCAUACUAUUCUUUAUCGAAGGUAUUGAUUCAUGCUAUCCUUGAUGAUCCAUCUCACUCAACACCAGGUCUGGCAUGCAGGGUUGUAGGGCCAUACUAGUUGACAAAGACAAGAAUCCAAAGGUCGGCGCCCUCAUUAUCUGCAUAAUUGCUAACAGUCGUUUACAUUCCUCUUCACAACUACGUAUUAUUUACUAUUUAGUCGGUCUAAUAUAUCUUGCUUUUUUUCUAGUGGGAGCCUUCUAAAUUGGAACUAGUAAGUGAGGAGAUGAUCAGUAAGUACUUUGCCCCUGUGGAUGAUCCAGAAUGGGAAGAGUUGAGUUUCCCUCGACUGAGACGUGGCACGGGCAGGUCGAAGCUCUGA